AUGGCAGAAGAGAAUUCGUGGCCGGGAGGGUUUUGUAAGCAGGGCGGGCGGCGACAGUCUCCCAUAGACAUACGAACAGAAGACGUGAUCACUGACUUCAAGAAGGAUUUCAUCACGAACGGACCGCUCAAGUUUGUUGGGUACCAGGUCGUGCUGAUGAAUGGCAUCAAUAAUGGACAUACGAUCCAGUUCAGUACAGAGGGCGACGAGUCCAUGCACCCAACCCUGACAGGAGGACCGCUGAAGCACUCCUACCGGCUAGAACAACUGCAUUUUCAUUGGCUCUCCGAACAUGCCAUCAACGGUGCAAAAUUUCCUAUGGAGAUACACUUCGUGCACAUCAGAGCUGAUCUUAAAGUAUCCGAGGCGCUAAAUAGAAAGGACGGUCUCGCUAUCGUGUCAGUCUUUUGUAAUGUGAAAUCUGAGUUAAACGAACACCAGCUGGAAACAACGGAAGAGCUGCUGCAGCAUAUUCCUCAUUUAAUGAAGACCGGCAGCAGACAUAACGGCGUCAUUCUGGAUCUGACGAGACUUCUAAGUCCAGACAGGCGUUCGUACUUCACGUACCUGGGCUCGUUGACGUCACCAGAAUGUAAUGAAGUUGUGGUGUGGAUUGUAUUCAGCAAGCCAAUCUACAUCAGUGAUGAUCAGUACCGUUUCUUCAGCAAGGUGGGAGUAGGUCGUCAUAACUUCAGAAGCUUGCAGAAGUUGAAUCAUCACCUGGUGUACCAACCCCCGCCGUCGUUCAUCAAAACCCCCACCGCCGUCCUGAUGAUGGGAGACGCUGUCAAAGUGGUCAAGAGUUUCUUUCAAAACGUUACGAGAUUCAUGUCCAACGGCUUCUCAAGUUCAGAUAGUUAAGACAUCUAGUUAAUAAUUAUAAGUUAUUAAUAUAUAAAUAAAACAGUUUGUUGUAAUAA